CAUGUCCUCUGCAUGUGUAAAAAUUUAACAUACCGGUCCUUCUUUCUCUCAUUUUCUUUCAUUUUAUAACUUUCACUUCUGUCUUGAACCUCUUGGUCUUGAAUGCAGUAUUUGUCUGGUGAUAAACUAGGGCCAUAUUUAAUCUUGACUGCAUGAUUCCUACUUGAGAUUUCUAAUUAGGUUCUGUUUUUAUCUUUCUUGACUUAUGUAUGGUUUAUUGAUAAUUUUUCUACAGUCAGUUGAGGCUCCAAUGGAACCACUAGACUUCUUACCUGGCAACCAUCUACAAGCUGAAAGUCAAAGCAACAACCCAUUGCCUGCUCCUCCAGCUUUGGAUGAAGAAUGUGAAUCAAUGGAUUCUACCAACUCAGAUGGAGAACCUGCCCCUCCACAGCCUGAUAGCUCACAGUCAUUUUACCCAAUGAUAUAUCCUGCAUAUUUCUCACCUUUCCCAGUUCCUUUUCCAUUGUGGCCUGGAUACAGUACCGAGCCCACUAAGCAGGAUAAACAUGAGGUUCUCAAGCCAACGGCAGUACAUUCAAAGAGCCCGAUUAAUGUUGAUGAGCUAGUAGGCAUGUCAAAACUGAGCUUAGGAGAGCCUAUAGGUCAUUCCGGCCCCUCCUCGCUUACACUAAAGCUAGUUGAAGGGUCUUCUAGGCAGUCGGCUUUCCAUGCAAAUCCAGGCUCUGGAAGUUCUGGCAUGAAUUCAGGUGGUAGUCCCAUCCAUGCAGUUUAGUGGUUAGACAUGCCUUGGAAUUUUACAGGUUAAUGUUAAUACAAGGCUAGAAAUGUGCAUUCUGGUUUGGGUUUGAGUUGCAUCUCAUUAUGGAAUAACCUUAAUAAUGUUUUUUUAAUAGUAGUUAUAAUCUAUAAUUUGGUCUUAGGUUUUAGGCUGUACCAUCUCUUGCCCAAAUUAUUUAAAUCUUUGACAUCUUGUGUUGGCGUCUAGAA